AUGUUUAUAAAAAACAUGUAUAAUAAAUAUAUACAUAUCCUUAUGAAUAAAAAUAAUUUUAUUCUUCUUCACAUAAAAUUUUAUAGACGAAAAAAUUUAUUUUUGAAUUAUGUUUCAAAUCCGGCAUUCAUAAGUUAUCAAUGCACAAAUGAAGUUUUUGCCACAGAUGAUUAUUUACAUGGUAAAUUCAAGAUAGAAACAUGUAUAACGGCCUUGUUUUUAGUAUAUAUUAUUGAAAAAAGCUUAUAUAAUAUACCUAAAACAGAUUAUUUAUACUUGUGCUAUUGGCUAUAUAAUGAACAUAAUGUCAAAGAUAUAAAAGCAGAAAACAAAGGUACAUAUGAAAUGUUAAUAAUUAGUGCAGGUAAUAAUAAACACAUAUGUAAAAUUACUUAUGGACAAUAUGGAUUAAAGGAUCUUCAAAUUUUGAAACUCAAUAUUAUAUAUAAUAUAUAUAAAAUCAUUAAUAAUAGAAGUAAUAAAGACUUAUCUCAUAUUAAAGAUUAUUUUUAUAAUAUAUUAAAAUUAUUUACAGAAAAAUAUAAUAAACAGGAACGCAGAUAA